GAUUUGAAUGGAAUGUAUGAUUUUAGAUUGAAUGGAAAGUAAAAGUUGGUUGAAUGGUGAAUGGUGGAUAUAUUAUUGAAUGGUGGAUAUGUAGUUGAAUAGUUGUUGAAUUUUUGGUUAUAAAUAGCAAGCAAACUUGGUUCAAACUCAUUCAAUAAUAUCAAUUACAAAAACUUGUGUCAUAUUUCUUUUUUGUUGUAUGGCUGGUCGUCCGCCUCCUCGUCACAAUUGGGUCCAGGCUGAGGAGAUGUUGUUGAUUUCGGUACUGAAAUCAAUGGUGGUAUCCCGAUUGUGGACCACCAGGAGUGGACACUUUCGUCCAAGUUACACGAGCUACUUGAAACGUUUCAUGGACAAUGAUUUUCCCGAUGCUAGCAUUGAGGAAUGGCAUAUUGAAGCGAAGAUAAAGAAGUGGCGCCGUACUUGCUUCAUCAUUGUCAACCUACUUGAGCGUCCCGGGUUUGAAUGGGAUGCAAGUCAAAACAUGGUGGUGGCUGAAGACGAUGUUUGGAAUGCAUUCGUCCAACUUAACAAACAAGCUAGGGAGGCAAGAGAUGUUCAAUUUCCACUGUUUGAAGAUUGGCGUGUUUGCUUCAUUCCUCCUCCCGAAGAGCCCGAGGACGAGGAGUAUGUCAAGAUGGCGGAAAAAUAA